CUCAGUACGGAAUCUUAACUCGCAAUUCGCGGUCAGUUCUUCUCUCCCUCCUAAAACCCUCCCAAACACCAGAAUGCAAGCGACUGCAACCUGCAUCUUCAACAAAACCAGCAUCUCUCUUACAAACCCUGAAAUCUUCUCCGUCAAAUACAAUCUCGAAUCUCCAAAAUCACGAUUCUCCCAACAAGUCAAGAAGUUCUCAGCGCUUCCAAUACAACGGUUCAGGAAGAGCGCUUCCAAUGGAGAAAUCACAGCCGUUGAUCGUCGGAGCAAAGGAGAGAAUCUGUCGUCGCCGCUGGAUGAGAAGCCGCACGAGUUGUUGCCGGGUGGAAGGAGGGCUUAUCUUGAUGAGCAAGAUAUCGUGACACUUCUCGAUCCUCCCAAAGAGCUUAUACCCUUGGAUCCAGCCUCGUAUAAUCCUGCCGCUUAUCUUUGGAAGAAGAUUGGAGAUAUUCCUGAGGAGAGACGGCAUCGAUUGCUUUACUUGCUAAAACCAAGGCUUGUUUCAAGGAUUUGGGAAAUAGCUGGCACCCGCUAUGAGGAUUCUAAGUUAGUUAAGAAAAGUGCAUCCAGCUUGUUAUCUACAGGAGAUAGUUUGCUAUCACCCGAAAUUUGGAGUUGCCGAACCAGUGGAGGGCCUGUGCCUGUUGCUUGGAUAAGGGACUUCAAGAAGGCUAUAUUUUGUGGCAAGGAUGGGAAGACAUAUGGCCGGAUAUUUCUUGGUGGAUCACUUCUGCCCAGAAUCACCAAUUCCAUUUGUCCGCUAUACUUUACAGUAGUAAAGCUUACGGAGGUAAUGUCUACGGAACAGCCAUGUGAUUUAGCAUAUGAAUUUGGAGAUGGGCUUUUGGAUCUGCAUGAGUAUCCUGAAGGCUUCCCAAAACCAGCGAAACAUCCCUGGCCUUUCGAUGAUUAUGUGGUUGUGUACAUUCGUCAUGUGGGCCCAGGAGUAAUGGCAGGGCAAGCUUGGCAAGAAGGGAAAGCGCUGGAACAGGUGCCAAGAAAAUUCUGCGGUGAGAUUUUGAUGGUGAAAGACUACGCGGUUUGAAGCUGGUUCUUGAGUCCAUUUUCUGCUAUUCUGUGAGGUCUGUAUAUUCGCUAAAACUCAAGAAUGGCAUUUCUGUUGUAACGGGAUUCAUAUAUAUAUAUAUAUAUAUAUAAUGUUCUGAAGUACCCUUGCUUGUAUAAGGGUGCGUUUGGUUGCACCUAAUAUCAUGAUAUUAGGUGCAACCAAAUAGAAAUUCUGUAUUGAUCAGUUUAAUAUUAGAAAUUCUUCAUUUCCUGAAA